AUGGGCUGUUGCUUCUCCCGCCCCGACGGGCCCAACUCACCCUACCCGGGCGGUGACGACAAUAACGCGGCGUCCGCUCACCCCAUCAACCAGGCGCCGACGACAUCCCAACACGCAGCCCCCUACGAGACCCCCGCCACAGCCACCGUCAACGUCAGCAUCCCCCGCACAACCUCGCCCUCGCACCAGACUCUGCCCGUCCAGUCCCGCCGUCGCUCUCGCCGCGAGAACGCUCCGCUCGACGAGCACAUCAACAAGCCCCUGCGCCGCCAUGCCUGGACCUCGACCUCCCGCACCUGGACGCGCGCCGCCCUCGCCCGUGAGCGCACCGACUUUUUCGACACGCGCGUCACCGGCCGCGCUGAGGUCUGGGAGACGCUGCACGCCGCCCUCCGUGUCCUUUGGGACCCUGCCGCCCAGGGCGCCGCCGACGACGGCACCAACGGCCUCGCCACGGCCCAGGGCUUCCUCACCGCCGCAGAGGUCACACUGCCGACGGGGCAACCUCGCCAACGGCGUCUAUGA